UGCGAGUCAGAGAGAGGUGACGACCGAGGAGAGGGACGCCCGCCUUGAUCGUGAGGAAGAGGCAUGCUUGCAGUCUAUGUCGAGGUGGGAGGGUAGGGACGCAUACGAGUCCAAGCAGCGGAGGUUGAGGGAGUUGGAGACCGGCGCAGUACGGCCCGGUGGUGGUCCACAGAUGGAGAGUGGUGGACCGGCCGCAGAUGAGGGAGAGGCCGCAGACGUCGAAGGCAUGCUUCAUCGUGAGGAGACAGCCGAGGAGAGGGACGCCCAUCUUGAUUGUGAGGAGGCACGCUUGCAGUCUAUGCCGAGGUGGGAGGGUAGGGAGGCAUACGAGUCCGAGCAGCGGAGGUUGAGGGAGUUGGAGACCGCCGCAGUACGGCCCGGUGGUGGUUCACCAAUGGAGAGUGGUGGACCGACCGUUGGUGUGGCGACUCUGGCGAGCGAUCAUGCUGUGGAGGGGGAGCACGCACCCGACAAUGGGGGUGGCACUGAUGGUCGGCCUAUUGGAGAUGACGGCGAUCAAAACACAGGAGAUGAUAGAUCGGACGUCGGGGACGAGGGAGAGGCUGCAGACAUCGGAGGAUUCAUUGACAGAGUGAUCGUUGGCAUUUGCGCAGGGGAUAUGGAGGGGGGUACGCCUGGAGCCCAUGGUACUUCGCAGGUGGGAGAUGUGGCUAUGGAGGAGGCAGGUUUGUGCACUGACCGUCAGGGCAGUGACACUGGUGCAGGAUACAGUCCUGUCAUAGAGGGUGUUGUCGGCGUUGACGAGGAGGCACAAUUGUCCCCAACGCGGGAUGCAGCGGGAGACAUGUCCCUCGCAUUGAUUGUGAGGCCUCCGUCAGCUUUUUACGCUGAUGAGGGCGACAGAGGUCGCCGGUUGGACGAGAGGCUGGGGGAGUCCACCCUACGUGCUCUCGAUCCAGAGCAGUUGGAGCGUGAGGGGAUGGAGGACCCUUAUGAUCAUACUGGUCGGAGGAGCGAUCCCCGCCGACCGCCAGAUGGUUUCGCGUCGCCUCCAAGGUGGGUGGCCCAGAGCCCUCGAUGGUCAAGGUCAUCACGCAGAGAUGUCAGGGGGGAUGAGGCCUCAGACAGACAGCCAACAACUAUUUUCUGGGGAGGAGAGAGAGACAGAGAUGCACCCACCACGUCCACUGCCGGCAGUCGCAUCAGGUAGAGCAUUGAGUACAGUGGCAUUCGACAGUCGAAGGGCAUCAGGUGGCGGGUGGUCGUCCUGCAGACGAGUAACGGACCGUUUGAG